AUGCAGUUGCCUGGAAGAUGGCAUUGUACAUUUAUUGACUUUGAAAAGUGUUCUUCUACCAAGAAACCGAAAAACGUCACACAAAUCUGUCAGUUCUUAACUUCUCCACGAAUGAUUGCAUUGCUUGCAAGUAAACAUCUGAACGUGAACAUAUUAAAGCUACGGCAAAGUACAAAGCGCUACAAGCAAAAUAUUUCCACCCAUACGUUUGGUGACAUUAUGCGCGUCUUUGGACUGUAG